GUUUAUUAACAUAAGUGCAUGAUUUCCCUAACAGUGGAUGGAGGAUGGAGAGUAAGGUUUAAUAUAAUGAGGAGAGGGAGGUAUAGGGGGAACCAGGGCGCAUUAUACGUUAUACCUUGAGGGGAUCAAUACGACAGACAGACAGACGAGGAUAUUAAAAUUAGUGCAUGAUUUCCCAAACAGUGGAUAGAGGAUGGAGAGUAAGGUUUAAUAUAAUGAGGAGGAGAGGGAGGUAUUGGGCCCGGGGAACCAGGGCGCAUUAUACGGUAUACCUUGAGGGGAUCAAUACGACAGACAGACAGACAGACAGACGAGGAAAUUAACAUUAGUGCAUGAUUUCCCUAACAGUGGAUGUAGGCUGGAGAACAAGGUUUAAUAUAAUGAGGGGGAGAGGGAGGCAUAGGGGGAAGUUCAGCCAGGGCAUUAUACUUUGAGGGGAUCAAUACGACAGACAGACAGACAGACAGACGAGGAUAUUAACAUUAGUGCAUGAUUUCCCUAACAGUGGAUGUAGGCUGGAGAACAAGGUUUAAUAUAAUGAGGAGGAUAAGCCUGCAUGACGCGUGUGGGCGCCGCGACGCUCCCGCCACCUGCAAACAUUCCCCCAAACAAUAACUAAGUACAAAAAUAACUAAUUCGUGCCGUCUGUGAGGCUGACGGGACAUUUACCGCCGAGCACCAUGCGUGGGGGCGAGCGGCAGUACCCUUGGCGGCAGGGGAGUGGUGGCAGCCUCUAAUACCCGUGCCAGCAGCAGCAACAGGGCGCCAGGACAGCCGCGGCAGGACACAACGGACGCUACUCCAGGAAACAUCGCCUCCAGCCACACCGCGCCGUGCAGCCCCCCGCCAGGCCCGCCAUACUAGUGCAGCAGACCCCAGGCCACCGCCAUGCCCAAGAAGAAGUCAGCCGUUACCAACAACAGUAGCUUGGCUGCUGACUUCAAGCCAGGCACUGGAGGCUCACCAGAUUCUCCAAACAACCCCAAAAAGAAGAGACGCACCUCCAACCCCCCACCCACAGCCCAGGGCCCUCCGUCCACACCCCCCAGCCAUGAGUUGGUCCCUCCCCCCCUCUCAGGUUAUGGUGACACGAUUGUGGCGUCCAACCCUUUUGAUGACUCGCCUUCAGUGUCAGCACCUUCCUCCAGCAGCAUGGGGCCGGGGCCAGGGCCAGGGCCAGGGCCUGGACCUGGCCCCAUGAGUCAUGGACCAAUGGGCCCCAUGGGAAUGUCAUACAUGGCAAACAUGAACAUGAAGAAUAUGGGUAUGGGAGGGCCAAUGAGUGGGCCAAUGGGAGGACCAAUGAAUGGACCCAUGGGUCCUGGUGGACCUAUGGGCCCAGGAGGCCCCAUGAAUGGCCCAAUGAGUGGCCCCAUGGGACCUGGUGGACCAAUGAAUGGUCCCAUGAAUGGUCCUAUGAGUAACCCAAUGAAUGGUCCCAUGAAUGGACCAAUGAAUGGCCCCAUGAAUGGUCCAAUGAAUGGUCCCAUGAAUGGUCCCAUGAAUGGUCCCAUGAAUGGCCCCAUGAAUGGCCCCAUGAAUGGCCCCAUGUCAGGCCCCAUGAGCAUGAGCAACAUGAACGGCAUGAACAUGAACACUUCCAUGUCUGGGCCUGGCAUGCCCAUGACAACCAUGAGUCAGAUGACAAGCAUGGCAGGAAUGAACGGGCCAAUGCCCCCCAUGAAUGGACCUGGGAUGAACAAUGGACCUGGCAUGAAUAAUGGUCAGGGACCCAACAUGGGGCCCAAGCCCAUGCCUGUUAGCUCAGGCAAGGUUUACCCGCCCGACCAGCCGAUGGUCUUCAACCCUCAAAACCCCAACGCUCCGCCCAUCUACCCCUGUGGGAUCUGCCAUAAGGAGGUGCAUGACAACGACCAGGCAAUUCUCUGUGAGUCCGGUUGUAACUUCUGGUUCCACAGAGUGUGCACUGGGCUUACAGAAGGGGCAUAUCAUCUGCUUACAGGGGAAGUAUAUGCUGAAUGGGUAUGUGAUAAGUGCCUCAAUUCCAAGAACAUACCGUUAGUGAAAUUCAAGCCAUGAGGGCGUGUAAUGGAUAUGUAAAAAGAUCAGCUAAGUGAGCUGCGACAUUGCAGGACGGCAUCUUUCAUUUCAAGUAGCACUCAGAAAUUAGUCUUCCCAAAGCCCUUGCAUAUGCUCAUUUUGGCUGAUCUUUUCACAUAUACCUAAUCAAUUAUUUCAUGUUCAUUGUUCAUAUAGGACAUGAUCAUAAUAUUCCUGGGGCCAGAUAUGAGGUACAUCACCCUUGCAAGCUGUGUAUUAUGUGGCUCAUGUGCUUUAGUUGCUACACAUCCUACAGACUUAGGUAGCAGCUCACUGCUUGCCUGGGUACUCAUGAGCCAGUGACACACAACUCAAAGUAAUGCAUUGUACAGAAUCAGCACCAUUUCCAGAUUAAUCCAGAGAUAUCCUACAAAUCAAAUUAGUUCAGAACUUCAGGAAUUGUGUGUUAUACAUAACUCAUCUUCCAUUCUUAAUAUAAAGUUUAAGACUGUGCUCCCUGUUCCUAUUUUGUUACAGUGCCAGCCUUUUACACAAGUACCACUUUUUAAUCACAUAUGGCACAGAUAUGGAAAAAGAGCAUGUCUUAAUUUUACAUUUUUCAUUAUAGGGUAAUUUCUAAUAAGGAACAAAUUCAUCUUUUCAUCCAAAUAGAAAUAAUUGGUUUUGCUGAAAAGUACAUAUACUAGAUGUUUGUGCAUUUUUAAUUUAUUUUGAGUAAUUAUCGAGAAUGGGAACUAUGGACACUAGUAAAUUGGGAUGGUUUGGGCAGUAGAAUUUACUGCAACUUCAGUUUAAGUAAAGAAUUGGCAGUAGAUAUACCAACCCAACACUUGAUAGCAUUUGAUUCUUAACCAUUCAUAGCAUCAGCAGUCCAUGUGGGAUCUUGCAGUGUCUUGGCUGCAGUAUUAAUGGGUCUUCAGCUAUGAGUAACAAUGGUAAAUAUUCAGAAAGUGUACUAUACUAAAACCAUUUUAUGAGGGCAGAUUGUGUAUGGCUGGCUCAGACCUUGGACUGUUAGCACAGCUGCCACGUCUGGGCGUAUGGGAACGUGAGCAUUAUUUUCACAUGAAUGGAGCACUUUUAAAAAUAGGAUAUUUUCUUUUCUCUCGGUUUGACCUGUUUUUCACACCUCAUCUGGGGUAUAAGUCUAGGGACAUUUCUUUAUAGAGAUUUCCCCUGCAGGCCUAAUUCAUCAAAAUUCAUCGCUGUUGGAGGGAGAUUUUUCGUCAGGGAGGAGAAUAUAUGCUCUUGUGGUUAAUUAUUGUGUUAUGAUCAUUUAAUUUAGAGCAAAUUUUCAAUUCUAACCAUUUGCUAACAUUGGUGGCUCUUGCUAUUCGAGUUACUGCCUUUGAGAGAUCUAUUUAUUAGAGAUCGAUUUAUUUCUAUUCUUAUUUUAUUAUUUGUUAGCCUUUUCUUCUAAGUUGCAUUGUAAAUCAUAUCUUUUGCUUGAGUAUGGAGGACACAAGAAUGUCAUAGGACAACAGCUCCUUGGCAGGGCACCGACAGGGUAUGAUAAAGCAUGGAUACCUUAUGUCACCAAAGCAACAAUACCAAUUCUUAU